CAGUGGUGGUGUCCCAUCAAUUCAGGUUGAGGGCAUGAGGUAGGAGUGAGUGUAUUUAAACAGUGGAGAAGGGUGGGGUUAAUUAUUAGUUGUAGUGUUGAAGGUGUGAGUGUAAUGUUAGACGGUAGGAUAUUUGUUUGCUUUGGUUUAUUUUUCAAGGAAAGGUAAGGGAGUUGAACUCCAGUCUAGUAGGUGGCGGUAAUGCAACAAAAUGGAUGCCAACCGCCGUUAAACCUCAUUUAAAAAGAAGAAGAAUCCUCCAGAAAGCAGUAGAAGCGGUCAUUUGGUGUCAGUAGAUAUAAUUAUUGUUUUAGCUUCAGAACUUGUGUGUUUGCCUGGCAAAGUUGCUGGAGUUAAUAGUUAUAGAGAUUAUUUUGCCUAUAACGUACAGUUCUGUUAUGGAACUGGACAAAAUGGACGAGAACGACUGGAAAUACCACGGAGAGGGCAACAAAAGCCUAGUGGUUUCUAAUGUCCAGCACGCCAGAGUCCUUCGGCUCCUGAAGUAUUCUACAGAAGAUGCCGAAAACUCGCAUAAGACAACAGAACAAGCUUUCCGACACAUACAGAACAUAGUUGACUAUAGUCUAAAUGUCAUGAAGCCACUGCUGGGGGAGAAAUUUGUCCACGACGGAGAGGCUGUGAAGCUCCCGUUAGACUUUGUCCGACAGCUGUCGUUGAAGGUCCAGCAGGAAAGGCCAGAGUCUCGCUGUGAUAAAGUGAUGGAUACGUUUAGUGGAUGUGCCUUGUGUCUGCCGAACCUCACCCAGCUCUCCUGUUGCUGCAGCAGAGAACACAGACCUCCUCUCUGUAUAGAGAUUAAGCCCAAAUGUGGGUUUCUCCCGUCCUCCAGACACGUUACGAAGGAAAUUAAAAGCAAGGUGUGCCGGUUCUGUAUGCAUCAACAUUUUAAGUUAGCCAAUGGAAAGUGGAAACGGCUGAGCCGGUACUGUCCCUUGGACCUGUUCUCAGGGAACAAACAGAGAAUGUGCCUAGCCAUCAAGCACUUGAUAGAGGAACCUCAAAACAACUUUAAAAUCUUCAAGGGUGGAGAGUGUAUCUACAGCUGUAAGGAUGAUGCAGACGUGUUACAGGACCUAGAUGACUUGGCUCAGCAUCUACGGCCGUACUUCCUUCCUAGUGGCAGCCUUAUCAACGGACACCAGUCCAGUAAGGUGGUUCUGAACGAGUUGAUCCAGGUGAUCGUGAGCGCCCUGUUGAGCUCCUGGGAGCCCAGGAAGGCGCAACUGUCUGAGGGCAGAGUGAGGUGUGAGGCCAGCCUCCUGCACCGGGACCUGCUACGCAACAGUCCAGGUAACCACUGCCUACCCAAAGAUUGUGUCCUGGACAAAAUCCUGGGAACUCAGAUGCUGGAUAGCUUAGACAUCGAGGGGUUAAACCCCCUGUUCAAACGAGUAGAGCAGCAUCUACAGGACUUUCCCAAAGAGAGAAGCAGUCUUCAGAUAGACGGGCCGUACAGCCAGAGCUUCCUGGAGAAGGUCCAGAACUGUCCAACCGAAGACGACGGCUCUGUCGAGUACGCCGUCGGAAAGGUCCACCAGUACAGAGUUGCCAUGACAGCCAAGGACUGCUCUAUCAUGAUCACCAUAGCAACCUGCGGGGAGGACGACGGGUUGGACCAGAGCCUGGAGAUCCAGCCUACCAAACCUCGCUUCACCUACUCCGUGUCCAUCCUAGACUUGGACCCUAAACCCUACGAGAGCAUCCCUCACCAGAGCAGACUGGACUCCAGGAUAGUUAGCCACUACCUGAGGAGCCCCCUGCCCAACAACCAGGAACUAGCCAAUCAGAGCCUCUUCCUGGGCCGGGACAGAGACGGAGAGGACUGUACUCUGGUGUUCCAUCCUGUAUAACCACUCCCUCUGCUGCUAGGCGUUCCGCUGGUUGUUACCAACACCCUCCCUCCACUAACCCAUCCUACUACCCCCAGACCGAACGCUGCUGUGGGACUGAUGGAGCAAAGAUUGAAUGAACUGAAACAUAUCCUUUUGUCUUUUUUUUUUUUUUUAGCUUAAAAAACUAAAAGAGAUGCCAUAUUAUAUAACCUGAAUUUAGGGAACGGUGGGCUGAGAUGAAGAGGGGUGUUUUAAAGGCGUUGAUUAUGGACCUGUCCCUAAUGGCACCCUGUUCCCUAUUGAGGGCCCUGGUCUAAAGUAGUGCACUAUAUAGGGAACAGGGUGCCAUUUGGGAAGAGGCCUUUGUGGUGGCACAUAUGACCCUGGGGGCUGGUCUUCGGAAGCUUGUGCCAGGAAGUGACGUCUCAACGGUGUGAGGCUCUUGAGAGAACCAGGCAUGCAUCAAGUCUUUCCUUGGAUCCCCUGAUUUCUGGCCUACUCUCCCCCAGCCUCCCGUCCUCUCUCUCCCCCAGCCUCCGUCUUCUCUCUCCCCCAGCCUCCGUCUUCUCUCUC